AUUUCCUUCCCCACCGGGAGCUCCGUCCUGCACUCACGCAGUCACGCCGCUUGGUCUGUUGUCUUUGUGCAUCUCCGUUCCUUCGUGCUUCGCUGUUCCCAAAUCCCAAUACCAGCCACGCCGGGUUAGUUCACUGACCCACCCGAAGCUUACACUGUUGCAGUCUAAAUAUGUUGCCACUUGCUGUCUUGCCAUGUGCCGAAAGACAACAUGGGUCACUCCAGUAUCUAGUUUACUUAUCCAUAGACCACAGCUGUUGAAUUGUGUGAUCGGCUACUAGUACAUCACUGCUCGUGAUUCAGUACGUACACCGCGGUAACUGGUAAGGAGGAUUCGCAUCGUCGACAAUGGCGGCUGCAGCGGUGGCUGACGAAAAUGGGUCGCCCAAGAAGACGAAGCAGGGUGGCUUCAAGACAUUGCCAUUCAUACUAGCGAACGAGGUGUGCGACAGGUUCGCCACGGCCGGAUUCAACGCGAACAUGAUCACGUACCUGACACAGCAGCUGCACCUGCCGCUGGUGGAGGCCUCGAACCUCCUCACCAACUUCACCGGCACGGCGGCGUUCACCCCGGUGCUGGGCGCGAUCGCCGCCGACUCCUUCGCCGGCCGCUUCUGGACCAUCGCCGGCGGCGGCGUGCUGUACCAGAUCGGCAUGCUCGGCCUCGUCGUGUCCGCUCUCGUCCCUGCCCUCCGCCCCGCGCCGUGCGGCGGCGGCGGCGCCGCGGCCCCGUGCCAGCGCGCGGACGGCGGGCAGCUCGCCAUGCUGUACCUGUCGCUGCUCUGCACCGCGCUCGGGUCCGGCGGCAUCCGGCCGUGCGUGGUGGCGUUCGGCGCCGACCAGUUCGGCCUCGGCGGGAGGCGCCCCGGCGGCGAGCAGAAGUGGAGCUACUUCAACCUCUACUUCUUCAGCAUGGGGCUCGCCGUGCUGCUCGCCCUGACGGUGGUGGUGUACAUCCAGGAGACCGUGGGGUGGGGGUGGGGGUUCGGGAUCCCGGCCAUCGCCAUGUUCGUCUCCGUGCUGUCCUUCGUCGUCGGGUACCCGCUCUACGUGAAGGUGAAGCCCGAAGGGAGCCCCUUCAAGCGGCUUGUGCAGGUCGUCGUCGCCGCGUUCAAGAAGAUCAAGGAGCCCGUGCCGGACGACGCCGGCGAGCUCUACCACAACAAGGAGCUGGACGCCGCCAUCGCCGCCGACGGGAGGCUGCUCCACUCCGACCAGCUCAGGUUCUUGGAUCGAGCGGCGAUCGUGACGGCGGGGGACAUCGCCGGCUCCGGCGAGCCGAACCUGUGGCGGGUGUCGACGGUGCACCGCGUGGAGGAGCUCAAGUCCAUCGUCCGCAUGCUGCCGCUGUGGGCGGCCAGCAUCACCGCCAUCGCCGCCGGGUCGCACAACUUCACCUUCGCCAUCCAGCAGGCGCGCACCAUGGACCGCCACCUCGCGCCGAGCUUCCAGAUCCCGCCGGCGACCAUGAUCAUCUUCACCACGCUGACCAUGCUCGUCAGCCUCGCGCUCUACGACCGCGUCCUCGUCCCCGUGGCGCGCCGCUACACCGGCCGGCGGUCGGGCAUCACCUACUUCCAGCGCAUGGGCGCCGGCUUCGCGGUCGCCGCGCUGGGCGUCCUCGCCGGCGCGCUCGUCGAGGCCAAGCGGCGCGCCGCGGCGGCCGAGCACGGCCUGCUCGACGCCCCCGGCGCCGUCGUGCCGGUCAGCGUGUUCUGGCUUGUCCCGCAGUACGCGCUCCACGGCGUGGGCGACGCGCUCGCCACGGUGGGGCACAUGGAGUUCCUCUACGACCAGUCGCCGGAGAGCAUGCGGAGCUCGGCGGCGGCGCUGUUCUGGGUCGCCGGCUCCCUCGGCAACUACCUGGGCACGGUGCUGGUCACGGUGGUGCAGAGCGCCAGCAGAGGGGAGUGGCUCCAGGACAACAUCAACAGGGGGAGGCUGGACUACUACUACUGGCUCGUCACCUUCCUCUUGGUGCUCAACCUCGCCUACUACUUCGUUUGCUUCCAUUUUUACACCUUGAAGUCGUUCGAGGUGGACGCCGGAGACGAGGCGCAACGGCGGCGAGAUGUUGCCGGGAGUGCAGAAGGAGAGACUGAGCUCUCUGCUGGUUGUGUUGUUGCGUCAAGAAAUGGGGUGUUGUAAGCUAGCAUAAUUAGGGAGUGACUUAUUGACAUCAGUGAAGUAAUUUGGUCAGAGCUAUCUUUCUUUUA